AUGGAGAAUCGUUUAAGAUCGUCGCCAAAGAGUAAUGCUAUUAGUUCUCUUUCGUUAUCUGCUGAAGAUACUCGUGGUCAUUACUACGCAAUAGGACAAACUGAUUCAAUAAGUCUUGGAUCUCAGUCAGUUAAUUGCGUACCUACAGCUACGAGUGCAGCAGCAGCAUCAAAUACACUCUGUAUGCUUUUAAAUGGUCGACGUAUUCAACAGCAUUAUAAAUUAUUAAUUGAUGGCAUAGUUCAAGUAUGCCGUGUUCCACAUGCUAAAAAUAUCAUUGAAAAAAUCCGUUUCUCACGUUUUCUACGUCGUUGGGAAGAUCAUCAUAUUCAUCUUGAACAAAGUGAAAUAACAUCAAAAACAAAUGAAGGUUAUAUGGAUAAAUCAAUACUUUAUUCAUCAAUUGAAGAUAUAUCUAUAUGGUCAAAAGCAAAAGUGAUUGAUUCAGAUGGUCGUUUUUGUAUCCGAGUUGUUACUAAUGAAUGUAUUUAUUUUUUUCAAGUAAACACCCUUCAUUUAAGAGAUCAAUGGUUAUAUUCAAUUCAAUGGAAGCGAAAUAAAUUAAAAUUUGAACGCAUUUUACGCUCAGCUAAUCGUCCGGAAGUGCUUUUAAAAGAAAUGACAAAUAUGAUCGAUUUUUCAUUGACAACACCCAUAGAAGAUGUGGAAGUUCAUCAUUUUCCUAUUGAAAUUAUUUCUGAAAUUCUUCAACAACAACAAUAUAAUUUACCACGUUUUGUCCAUGAAAAUGUGAUCGUUGCACUAGCACCACUAUUGGAAAAAAACUAUCCAUCACCAGAAAUAUGUGAUUUUUUUAGUCGACAUUGUCGAGAUAGUCCACGCUCACAAAUUGUUAUUGAAAUGUUUACACCAGUUGUUCAAAGAAUUUUAAAACAUAAUACAGAUUUCGGUAAAUAUCCACGAAUGAGAAUUUUUGUUCAAGAAUAUCUUCUUGCUUUAAAUUCUCAAAAUGAUGGUUUACGUGUUGUACAAGAUUUCAUCAAAAGAAUACAUGGACCAACAAUGGUUUGUCCAUUUCCACGUGUUCUUUCGAACUUUGUGUCUGUUUGUCUCGCUGCCAUCUAUAAUUUCUUUGAAGAUCGAAAAAAUUUUCGCUUCGAGGAUAAAGAUAGUUGUCGAGCAUAUGAAGAAGAAACUGAAACUCAAUUAGUUUGUUAUACGAAAAUGUUACAAACAAUGUCUUCUUUUGACGAUUGGCGACCUCAUCUUGGUUUACUUCUUCAGUCGAUUCCAUUUCCUGAUGAAGCACUUGCACAUGAUCGUUUUAUCGAAAUAUUUAAAAAUGUUGUUAAAUAUUUCGUGGAAGAUAAUCGAUGUGAAGUUCAUCAGACAAUAUUAGGUAUUCGUGAAGGUAAAGAAGGAUGGUUUGAAAUGUUUUGUUUGGGUGGUAUUGCUUGUGAUGAUGAUGGUGAAAUGUUUUCACUUAUGCUUAGUAAACUAAUUUCAUGUUGUUGUCGAAAAAAACGCUUUUUAUUGAGUAUUAAUAAACUAUUACCAGCUUUAAUGUUACUUGCUUUACGUGAAAAUCAAAGUUCAUUAGAGACUUUAUGUGCUAUGCUUGAUUUGGAUGCUGUUGAAAAUCGUGAUAAUAAAUUACAAUUAAUAUCAACAUUACAAUCAACAUCAACUGGUCUUAAAAUGUAUGCAAAAGUAUGUGAGAGAUUAAUAGCAUUAAGAGAAUUACAACAAAAAGGUGGACCCAAAAAAUUAACAUUACCAUCACGUUCAACUGAUAGUGAUUUAGCAAAAUUAUUAUCAAGUGGUUCAUUUGGAAAUCUUGAAUGUUUAAGUUUAGCAUUUACAAAUGUCACAAGUGCUUGUGCUGAACAUCUAAUUAAAUUACCAGGCUUAAGAUAUUUAAAUCUUUGGUCGACACAAUUUGGUGAUGCUGGUUUAGAAUUAAUAUCGGAACAUUUAAGCCGUCUACAAGUACUUAAUUUAUGUGAAACACCAGUAACUGAUAAAGGCCUUGCAUAUUUAGCAUGUAUGAAAAUGUUAAGAAAACUGAAUUUAAAUUCAACACAUCUGUCUCCACUAACAUUUGAAGCUUUAAAAGAAAAACUACCAGGUUUACAAGAAUGCGAUAUUCGAUAUACAGAUGCUUGGUAG